AUGUCUCUCCAGGCCGGCUCCAGCUUCCCCGAGGAUGUUAAGUUCUCUUACAUCCCCUGGGCUGAGGACUCCAGCGAGAUCACCUCUUGCGGUAUCCCCAUCAACUACAACGCCUCCAAGGAGUUCGCCAACAAGAAGGUUAUCCUCUUCGCUCUGCCUGGUGCUUUCACCCCCGUCUGCUCCGCCAACCACGUCCCCGAGUACAUCCAGAAGCUCCCCGAGCUCCGCUCCAAGGGCGUCGACCAGGUCGCCGUUCUGGCUUACAACGAUGCCUACGUCAUGAGCGCCUGGGGCAAGGCCAACGGCGUCACCGGCGACGACAUUCUCUUCCUCUCCGACCCCGAGGCCAAGUUCUCCAAGUCCAUCGGCUGGGCUGACGAGGAGGGCCGUACCUACCGCUACAUCCUGAUCAUCGACAACGGCAAGGUCACCUACGCUGCCAAGGAGCCCGCGAAGAACCACCUCGAGUUCUCCAGCGUUGCCAACGCCCUCAAGCAGCUGUAA